UUCUCUCUCUGUCUCAUUCUCUCUCUUUCUCUCUUUCUUUCACUUCUGCUACUCAUGGGCCCAGUCCCGGGCCCUUCCUCUAUUUCUUGCUGAUAGUUUACGUAUGUCGCAACUCACAACUCAGAAUGGACUAAAUAAAGCGCCAGCAGGGAUUCUCUUUCCUCCAAAAGAUUAAGAGACAUGAAUGCAUCUACACCAACAGCAAACAAAGGUGGACAGGAUUCUUGGCAUUGAAGCAAGUUUAGAUGCACACCAAAGACGGAAACAACUGGAAUCUAUUGAAGACUACAUCACAUUGCAUUACAUAGGCUACCAAAGCGAAUCACAGUUGUUUAGUUGAAGGUUAUUUAUCACAGUGCUUGGGGACUGUGGGGUUAGUUAGUUCUCUUUCUCAAGGGCAUUUCUCUCAUGGAUGUGCUGUAAGUGUAGGCCUACGAAGACCACACGCGUUCUGCCUGCUGUAGGCCUAAAUGUUACGAUUCGAACCUGCAGCCCUCCGAACCUGCAGCUUUUGACCGCAACACCAACUCAACUCCCUAACCAUUAGCCCACAGCUGGACCCCAACCAAUACCUACAUUCGAUGUACACCAAAGACCCCGACACCUGGCCGACGGGGGGUUCAGAGGAGCCGCUGCCGAGAAAGGCCAGUGUGUGCGAGAAGAAGGAGUGUGCCGACUUUGAUUUGUGUGUGCAGUUGAUAGCAAAGCAGGAGGCUAAAGAGUGUGAGAUGAAUGCGCAGCAGGGUCCGAUCCGCUUCACUAAGCUGUGCUGUGCACCGACGGUGACCAGACAGCCGGGUUCUACCGAAUUUACUAAGGUGCGCUGGGUGCUGACGGUGAUUGGACUGGUGCUGUAUGUCGUGGACAUAGCGUCUGACGUCGUCCUGGCAGCGAAGUAUCUCUGCGACGGCCAAAUGGUCUGGGCGGUGCUGACCGUCGUGUUUGUGCUGUCUGCGUCCGUCUGCACGCAGAUAUUCAGCUACAGGUGGUUCCGCGAUGACAAGGCGGAGGAGAGCAGGAGAUCAGGUGGAGAGCAGGUGGAGGAGUCGUGUGUGCCCUGGGGCUUGAUCAGGGGACUACACAUCAUGCAGAUGGGGAUAUUCACCAGGUAUUUCCAACUGUUGCGCCGCAGCUUCUGUGUGGUGCGUUCCAAAUCCGUAUCCCACAGCAACGAUGAGGUGCGUCCCAAAUCCAAAUCCAAUUCCAAAUCCGUAUCCCAGGAGGAGCACCUGCAGCUGUUUCGCCUGGCGACCGAUCUGAGCAUGCUCCGUCUGUUUGAGGCCUUCCUGGAGAGUGUGCCUCAGCUGCUGCUACAACUCUACAUCGCUCUACUGGGACACGGACACCUCUCAGUCUUUCAGUACGUCUCGAUGGUGGCCUCCUUCCUCAGUGUGUCGUGGGCGAUGGUGGACUGGCGUCGGUGCCACCGGCACUCCCGGCCUGACCUGCGCAAAAUGACAGGUGUGUCCACGGUGGUCUACCUGCUCUACAAGUUCCUGACCAUCAGCGUGCGUCUCUUCUCCCUCAGUCUGCUCUUGGCCGUCACCCCCUGUAACCUGCUGCCUGUGGGCCUCACCUGGGUACUGGCUACAGCCUGGGCAGCCUAUCUGAACACAGACUUCUGCACAUCGCGUGCUCUGGAGUGGCUGUAUCGCGGCGUGGUGGGGGUGGUCCUCGUCUUCUCCUUCUUCAACGUGAAGGGCUCCAACACCAGGCUCUCCAUGGCCCUCUACUACGCCCUCUACUGUCUGCAGAGCGUCACUGCGCCCCUGCAGCUCUACCUCUCCCCUUCGCCGCACCUGCUGUGGCUGCCCUGCCUACCCGUGCUGGCCGCCAUCUUGGGAGGGCUGAGCGUGGGGCUGGCGCUGCUGGGGCUGUACUACGGCCUGCUGCAUCCACCGCAGAAGGAGGAGGAGAAGGAGGGGGAGAAUGGGGAGAGGAGAGUCCCUGAUGAGGUGGACGGAGUGAUGAUGGACCCUGUCAAGACUGCUAAGGAGUAG